AUGGCUGGGAAGCACCAAGCAGCAAUCCUCCCGCAGAAAGGAGGUCCAUUGUCUGUCGUGGACCGCGCCACGCCCGAGCCCGGUCCUAAUCGUCGAAGCCAGGGGGCCAUUGCCGUGAACCCAGUCGACUAUUUUCAGCGCGAAUUCGCUAUGCCCCCACCCAGCUAUCCCGCCGUCGUUGGGUCCGAUGUGGCUGGCCUUGUCGUCAAGGACAAGCAGGCAGUCCUGAUCUGGGGCGGCGCCAGCAGCGUUGGUACCUUUGCCCUUCAAUCCGCAAAGUUAAUGGGCUUCACCGUCUACACCACGGCCAGUACCAAAAACCAUGAAUGCCUCAAGAAGCUCGGAGCUGACGUUGUCUUCGACUACAAAGCGAGCGAUGUCGUCUCACAGAUCAUAGACACCGUGAAGAAGGAUGGCGUCACCCUACGGACCGCAAUUUGCGUCCCCACGUUGGACGUGCUCAGACACACCAUGGGCGAUGCAGUCGCCAAGGUUGCCCAUGCCCCUCCUCUGCUCCCGGGAGCCCCGACGCUCGAGGGAGCUGAGGUCAAAUUUGUUCUACCACCUAUGGACCCGGCGGAAAGAAGCGACCAUAUGUACAAGUGCUUCCAUGUCUGGCUGCGAGACGGUCUAAAUUCGGGUACUGUCCUUCCCAGCCCACGGGUUCAGAUUGAGGCUGGAGGUCUGCAGGGUCUGAAUAAGGCGCUGAACACGUUAAGAGCAGGUGUCAGUGGGACUAAGAUUGUAGUCCAAUGCUUCCUAGGAAAGGGCCAAGAUUCACAAAAUCAACAUUCCUCAGACUUUUACCUCAAAACAGCGCAGAACAUGUCCAAGAUCUUUGCAGUCUUUGGAGCUACCGGCCAACAAGGCAGUUCAGUCAUCAACUUUGUGCUGCACGACCCAGAGCUCUCCCAAAAGUACAAGAUCCGUGUUAUCACCCGUGAUGUCAACUCGGAGAAGGCCAAGCAGCUUAAGGAGAAGGUCGAGGUCGUCCAGGGUGACGUACUCAAACGGGCCUCUCUCGAGACAGCUUUGACCGGCGUGCACACCGUCUUCGCCAUGACAACACCUUCCUUCGGCCCCGACGGCUUGGAGGUCGAGUACAACAGUGGCAAGACGAUUGCCGACGUCGCCGUCGAGAAAGGUGCCGAGUACAUUAUUUUCAGCACUCUGCCGCCAGCCAAAGAGAUCUCUGGUGGCAAGUACACCAAGGUCACCCACUUCGAUGCCAAGGCAAAAGCCGAGCAAUACAUUCGAGGUCUUCACAUCAAGAGCGCCUUCUACUCGCCGGGAUUUUUUAUGCAGAAUUUCCAGUCUAUACCCUUCUUGGCUCCACGACAGGCUCUCGAUGGCACCUGGGUUAUGGCCCGCCACAACUCUCCUAAGGCCCAGAUGCCCAUGAUCGACGCUGUCGGAGACACAGGCAAGUUCGUUGGCGCUAUUCUCGCCGAGCCCGACAAAUACGAAGGCAAGACGUUCUGCGCCGCCACGGCACUAUACAGUUUGGAUGAAGUGGCUGCCAUCAUGUCCAAGGCCACAGGCAAGACCGUCGUCUACAAGCAGAUCCCGCUUGAGGACUUCAAGAAGAGCCUAUCAUUCGGGCAUGACAUUUUUGGUGAGGCGUUCAGCUACCCAGAGGAGUUCGGCUACUUCGGCCCAGAUUCUGAGAAUUUGGUUGCUUGGGCUGUGCAGAACGCCCGAGGCAGACUCUCCACCCUUGAAGAGUACUUAGAGGCACAUCCUCUUCAGCUGGCGUAA